AUGAGCUCGGUGGCCUUCGCCGUCCAUCGCGCGGCGCCCUCGCGCGGCACCCUCGUCCGACGCAAGCCCGCCCGGUCCACCCCGCGAUCGUCCGUCAGGUCCGACGCCGGCGGGUUCGACGCCAUGAUGACCGGCCUGCGAAGGCUGCGCGCCAUGAGGGACGAUCAGUCAUCAUCAGCCUCUAAGACGUUCACGAAGCUCGACGACGUGUCGUUCGAGGACGAGGCGCCGUCGUGGGACGAGCUCGCCGCCGUCGCCGACGCGCUCAAGACGUCGCACGGGGUUCCACUCGCCGUCGACCUCGAGAACGGCCCGGCGAACCCCAAAGCGCUGGUCCGCCGCUUCGGCACCAGCGACGAGCCGCGCGUGCUCUUCUACCGAGACCACGCCGCGUGGUGCCCGUACUGCGAGAAGAUCUGGAUGCAGCUCGAGGAGAAGCGCAUCCCGUACAGGGUGGAGAAGAUCAACAUGAGGUGCUACGGGGACAAGAAACGAAGCUUCACCGCCAAGGUGCCGUCCGGGAUGCUCCCGGCGAUGGAGAUUGACGGCCGGCUUCUCACCGAGAGCGCGUCCAUCGCGACGGCGCUCGAAAGAGAGUUUCCAAACCACAAACCCCUCCUCGCGCCGCCCGGGUCGGCGUUACGAAAACGGCAGGAUGACCUGAACCGUCUCGAGCGCGCGCUCUUCGGCCGCUGGAUGCAGUGGCUCACGAGCUCGUGGAUGGACGGCGCGAACCGAUCGGGGUUCGAAGAGGCGUUGGACGCGGUGGAAGCCGAACUGUCGGUCGACACAACCGGUCCUUACUUUUGCGGUGACGAGUUAACUUUGAUCGACAUCACGUUCGCGCCCUUCCUGGAGCGCAUGGCGGCGUCGUUGGCGUACUACAAGGGGUUCCGUUUGGAGGGCAACGGCGGGCGGUGGCCUAACAUCGACGCGUGGUACGAAGCGAUGGCCAAACGCACCGAGACUUAUACGCACAUCAAGUCGGAUUAUUACACGCACGCGCACGAUUUACCGCCACAGCUGGGCGGGUGCGAGCCCAACGGGGACGCCGAACAGGUGACUUUCAUGAACGAGAUCGACGGCACUGAUCUCAGUGUCGGCGGGGAUUCACCUUCGGGCGGUGACAACUCGUGGAAGCUGCCGCUCAAGCCCCUGAAGGACCCCGCGAACGUCGAACCGUGGUGGGGUCCCGGCGAGGAAAACGCCCCUCUCGACAGGUUAGAGGCGGCGACGGCCGUCAUCGGCAACGCCGACGCGGUUGUUCGUUUCGCCGCUCGCGGGUGCGGCGCCGUCGGCACCCGACCGGUCGCCGCGCCCCUCGCCGACCCGACCGCGGUGCCGAACGAAACGCACGUCCCGGCGGUGGACGCGGCGCUACGAAGGGUGUGCGCCGAGCUUCUCAGCGCCGAAGGCGCUCGGGUGGGGGUUAAGAUUGGGCGGGUUUCGUCUGAAGGUUCCGCGAAGGGUUUGUUGGCGGGGAAGGAGACGGCGGCUUCGCUGGCGUACCUGCGGGACAGGGUCGGGGUGCCGAGGGACAUGAAGUACCCGGCGGCGAGGCAGCUUCGCGCGCACUUGAACUGGUUCAUAGACGGACUCGCCGCUUAAUUCCCUCGUGAGGUGACGUACGUCGCGUCUAACAAUCGUCUCGCGACGAGGGGGCGCAUCGCGAACGUAGUUAUCAUAUUUCUAAGUGUUAGUUGACGGACGCUA